UCCAGAGGAGGAACUCAUGGCGACACAAAAGGGAACUUUGGCUGCGGGCAGGGGCCAUAGCCUCCAGUGCGCUGAAGAGGAAGGAAAGCCUUUGAUCCAGCCGUCUCCUGUUCACGGCGGCAUCGGUCGUCGGAUGGAGAGCCAGCUUCUGUGGUGUGGGGCCCGGGUGGCAUGCCCGCACCCUCCCAGCUGGCUCUCCGCUUGGUGGUUCCUCCCGUUGCUGCUGGUGCCCUGGACCCUGCAGCUCGCAGGAGGGAUAUCAGUGACCUACACCGGCCUCCCUAUCAUGGUCUGUCUGGCCAACACGCCUGUCUCCUUUAGCUGCAGAAUCAACAAUCAGGACACCCCAGAAUUCAAGGACUUCACCGUUAGCUUCUUUUACGAAGAUCUCCACGGCAAGAGAAGCUUGGAGAAGCCGAUUGACUGCCAACACAGCCCUGGCGCGGGGAAUCAAACCCUGGAUUGCGUGGCUAAACUCAGCCUGCCAAAUGCAUCGGCCACAGGCACUUAUUACUGCUUAGUCCAAGGGCGCAGCAUCUCGGCGCAGGGCAGUGGCACCUUCAUUCUGGUUAGAGACACAGCGUACCAGCCGCCUUCGUUCAAGCUCCAGGAGGCCCUGCUGUUUGGCUUUACUGGCCUGCUGAGUGUCCUGUGUGUGCUGGGCACAGCUCUACUGCUUUGGAAGAAGAAACAGAUGUCAGUUCUGGGCAAGUCCAUCACCAGGACAUGCCCUGCUCCCAAAUCUGCCAACAGAACUACGAAGCCUCCAGCAGAAUCCAUCUACACGGGCCUGCAGCCCAGAGAGGCAGAGGUCUAUGCCUGCAUCGAGGGAGAGACCGGCAGCCCUGUUUCCAGCCAAAGCCCUCCCUCCAAGGAUAAAUUGAAUAGGUUUGAGGAAGACAAUGAAUUCAACCUGGUCUAUGAAAAUCUCUAGGAGAAGUUCUAGAGGCCCGAGCCUUGUCUUGGAUUAGGACCCCAAAGCCACUUCUCUCGUCCAAGGACCUGAUCUGGGCCAGGAAUAGAGUCCACAGGACAUGCCGUCACCUUGCCUGCACAUGGCCCUCCCUGCCUUGGCCUGGCCUGCUCUCACAUUCUGCACGCCAGCCUGUAGUUCACAUCUCCGGGCUUUUGCCCAGCCUGUUCCCUCCAUCAAGAGAGACCUUCUUCCCCUGGGCCUGUAGGCGACGUGCUCCUCAGUCCCGCCGGGCUCUGGGGGACACCACCUCUUUACCUCUUCAUCCCGUACUGCCAUCCCCUGCAGAGCUGGGCACAUGGCUCUCUGGGCACCAGCCUACAUCUUGGUCCAGAGGCAGACCUGCCCUAGCGGGACCCCUGUCAGGGCUGAGCCUGGCCACUGAGCCUUGCUACCUGCUCAGUCAGCCCAGAGACACAAGGGGGCCAUGUACUGGGUGCAACUGGAAAACGGGAUGGCUAAGGAGAGGUGAAUGAGCACCAAAGAACUGCACAACAGCUGGUUGGGUCCAGGGCCAGAUGUGGAGGCUUAAGCUAAGGCAAGUGGUGAUGAGCCAAGGCCAGAAGCAGGGAGGUUCCAUACACACUGGUGAGAGAGGAGAGUCCAGCUUGUUUGGGGUAGGGAUGGAAGGCUGGCUAAACAGGAGCCCCCAGAUGGUUUCCCAUCAGCCUGUAUGGGCACUCACUCACUGUGCCUACUGCCCUCGGCUCUCCAGGCCUCUGCUCCUUAUUCUACCCUAAUCCCUCCUUGUGGCCUAGCCUGGCCCCACCACCUGCGGCUUCAUCCCCGUUUCCCCUGUCUUUAUUUAUCUGCUUUUGGCCCACCCUGCCCUCACUUCAGAUGGAGACCAGCCUAGCUGUCUCCAUGCCGCCUCUGUGUGGCUUGUGCUCAGCUCUCUGUGCUGGAGAAUCUCAAGCCAGGGUGGACAAAAGCAGCCCUCAGCCUUUCUGCCCCUCCAGGAACUCAUUCAAGAGACUCCUCAUUUCACCCUGCAGACAGCCCUGCAAUAGGGAAACCAUCUCCUCGGAAGACAGGGACUGAAAGUCUCGGUGUCCCCGGCUGCAGGGUUCCUUUCUCACCCUUCUUCCCUCCCCAUUGCCCGCCUCUCCGUUGGCUUUCUCAGACUCAGUUUACCUGUGAAACAGGCAGGCCAGUCUACUCCCCUUGCCUUCGGGGCUGCUUUAAAAGAUCCUGGGAUGUUCUCAUUCCAAAACCCCUGUGCGCCCAGGGGACGUGGAGGUGUCAACGUGCAGACACCUAGCCUGGCCCAAGCCGUACUGAGCCAUCACCCCUCAGGUGGCAUUUCUGUUCUGCAAGUGAGACCCUCCCUGAAGGAAGAGAGAGGCUAGAGCGGAGGACACAGACUGACUUCCAGAAGCCCAUUGUGCCCAUGGAUAGUGGCACCAGGCUUUUCUGGGCCCAGUGGACAGCCAGCAACCUACAAGCCUGGUUCUCUCUAGGCUCUACUCUGUGAACAUCCAACAAGCAAUGCUCCUCACCAGCUGGGUUGAGUCUGUGCUCCUCAAGGCUGGCUUCCUGAAUUCCUGGUCUGUGAAGGAGGGAAACUGCCGGGCACAGAGCUGCCUCCAGGCUCCUGACUCCGGCAGCCCGAGAUGAAGGUCAGAACUGGAGUGGGAACUUCAGCCAGCAAGGACUUGGCUGCUACUUCCCCCCACUUCCUGAGCUCUCUGGACUCUCUGACUGGGACACGGGUUUUUCCAGUCCUUUCCAGGAGAGUGAGGAAGUCCGGUGGGACUUCACCUGGUGCCCUGGCUCAGGACCCAGGCCUCCAGCAAUCCCCACUGCCUCUUCCCUAGAAAGCCGCUGAGGGAACCUGACCAAACCCACGUUGUUUUUGUCCCCUGCCCAUGAAAAGCCUUCCGUGGCUUCUACUUCACUUGCAAUAAAAUCACAACUCCUUACUGUGGCGGGGAGUCCCAGGAAGACUGACCCAC